AUGGCCGCUGGGAAUCAUACGCAUCGGUAUGAGUGGGAAUCACUGGCCGAACGUCACAUGCACAACAUGUCCGAUCAGCUGUUCGUUGCUUUCGAAAAGUAUUUUCUGACUAGCAAUGAGGUAAAACGAAACGCGACAUCUGAAAUUUGGACAUUCUCGUCAUCGAUAUUUUUUGCCGUUACCGUUGUGACCACGAUUGGUUACGGUAAUCCGGUUCCGGUAACGAAUGUCGGCCGCAUCGUAUGCAUACUUUUCUCCUUAUUUGGCAUUCCAUUGACGCUUGUGACAAUUGCGGAUUUAGGUAAAUUCCUUUCGGAGCACUUAGUAUGGUUGUACGGCAAUUAUUUGAAACUCAAACAUUUGAUAUUUUCGCGGCGUCGAAAAGAACGACGAGAGCACGUUUGUGAGCAUUGUCAAAGCCAUGGAAUGGGACAUGACAUGCAUAUUAUCGAAGAGCAAAGAAUUCCCGCAUUCCUCGUCCUCGCCAUCCUUAUUGUUUACACGGCUCUUGGCGGUGUGCUCAUGUCGAAAUUGGAGCCUUGGUCGUUUUUCACAUCAUUCUACUGGUCUUUUAUCACAAUGACAACGGUCGGGUUUGGUGAUUUGAUGCCUCGCCGAGACGAAUACAUGUAUUUCAUUCUUCUGUAUAUUAUUCUAGGAUUGGCAAUUACCACAAUGUGUAUCGAUCUUGUCGGUGUGCAGUAUAUUCGAAAAAUCCACUAUUUUGGCAGGAAAAUUCAAGACGCCCGCUCAGCGUUGGCAGUCGUCGGCGGAAAAGUUGUGCUCGUCUCGGAGCUCUAUGCGAAUCUUAUGCAAAAACGUGCUCGAAAUAUGUCGAAAGAGGCAUUCAUCGUCGAGAAUUUAUAUGUUUCGAAGCACAUCAUUCCAUUCAUUCCGACCGACAUUCGCUGCAUCCGCUAUAUUGACCAGAACAUCGAUCCAGGAGCCGUUUCGAAUUCGUCAUCGAUGGCUGAUAUUCAUAGUUGCCGUUUCUGCCAUUCGCGAUAUUCCAUUAAUCGCGCUCUUUAG